UGACGCACAUUUUAGUCGACAGGGAAUCACACAUCUUAUCCGUUCAAGCAAACCUAAUAGAUGGAGUUAAGUGAGAUAACCCGUUAAUUUAAGACAUAAUGCAACGCCUUUUAAAUACUGUAUGUUAAAGUUCUUCCGUGUGAGAUGUAUCUCUUAUUUUACUCUGUCGGAAUUUUGUUUUUAACUUUAUUUGUGGGGUUACUUCGUCUGUAAACCAGUCUGCACGCUUGUUGUGGAUUGUCCCAAAAAAAAAAUGUCUCUUCCAGCUUUGCAAAACACCGGCGUGAUUUACAGGAGGAUCCUGUCACAGUUUCCUCAAGACAUUAGCUUAGCUUUUGCAUACGGAUCUGGUGUUUUUAAACAGCAUGGGGGAAGCCAAGGUCAAAUGGAGAAAAACAUGUUGGACUUUGUGUUUGCGGUGGACGACCCAGUGACAUGGCACACUAUGAAUUUGCUUCAGAAUCGCAGACACUACUCCAUCCUGAAAAUACUGGGGCCCACCAAAAUCAGCUCCAUACAAAAUGAAUAUGGAGCUUCUGUUUACUACAACACACUCGUGCCUAUUGAUGGAAGGAUAAUUAAAUAUGGGGUGAUUAGUACAGACUCAUUGAUUGACGACCUCAUGCACUGGAAGACCAUGUAUGUUGCUGGACGUCUUCACAAGCCGGUGAAAAUGUUGGUACAGAACGAGAACGGGAAGCUCCGUGCUGCUCUGGUAUCCAACCUGAAGAGCGCGGUUAUGGCCUCCUUCCUUAUGCUGCCAGAAAGCUUCACAGAGGAAGAACUUUUUCUGCAGAUCGCUGGACUUUCUUAUGCUGGAGAUUUUCGGAUGAAGAUUGGAGAGGACAAAUCCAAAGUGUCCAAUAUCGUCAAGGACAACAUUCAUCAUUUUAGGAUUCUUUACAGCAACAUCCUCCGGGACUGCCCUCAGGUGGUCUACAAACCUCCACAAGGAAGACUUGAGGUUGACAAAAGUCCUGAAGGCCAAUUCAUCCAGCUGAUGGCCCUGCCCAGAACUCUUCAGCAGAGGAUCACAAAGCUGGUUGACCUUCCAGGGAAAAACCGUGACGUGGAGGAGAUCCUGCUGCAGGUGGCUCAGGACCCCGACUGUGGAGCUGUGGUGCAUCAAGGUAUCUCAUCUAUUGUUAAGUCCUCCAGCAUAACACAGAGUAUCAAAGGCAUUGCUACAGCUGGUUUACGGAAGACCGUCUCCUAUAGCUCCAAAAAACUGAUGAAGAUGUGGAAGAGUUGGAGGAGGAAGCAGUCAGUCUCACAGAUCUCCUGAUGCAGAUUACUAGGAAUUUUUCACUUCUUAGUUAUAGAUAAAUAAUCCAGGCUAUGUCUUGUACCACUUUGUGUGUAUGGUGUGGAAGUCUCUCUGCACUUGUUCCGUCCCAUUUAAACCUCCGAUGGCUGCAGAAGAAACCAUUACAUUUCCAGAACCAGACUGAAAAUAGGUUUCAUAGUUGCACAUACAGCCGUCGGAUACUGCAAUCUUUGGCAAUCACUUUGCCAAAGAUUGGUUGAAUUUGUAUAUCUUUCCUUGUGUCUUUAUUCAUACACUGCAGUUUUCUUAUGGGAAGCUGCCUCAACUGUCUUUACUCUGUAACUCUGGAAUGAUGCAGUAAAAACAAUUUAGGAAAAAAAACUGUUUUUAAAACACAGCAACAAGUCAGCUGCUUUGCAAAACUAAGUUCAGUAAAACUGAAGGUCCUGAAUUAAGAAAGAAGAAUUUUGACCAGACAUAAAUAUCUCCACUCAGCCUCUUCAUUACAUUUUAACAUAGUGUUUCUACCCUUUUGUAAAAUGCUUUGGUUACCAUUAAUGUAAACUUAACUCUAGUUGCUCAACAUAUGGUACUCAACACAGAGAUACUGAGAUUUCAUUGUUCUAUUGAAAUCAGAUUACACAAACAUGCAUUUUUUAUUAAUCAUUUUUGUUAUGCUGUAAUUUUUCAAAAAAUAAAAUCAUGUUUAAUUUGUUUCAUAACAGUUUUUAGUGAAGUGCAGUGGGAGGUAGGAGACUAUUUUGUACUUCAAUGGGCUCAGGCAUAAUUGGUUAACACAUUCAUGGGGAAAAAGAAAGUACAUCCUGUUCUAAGGUCAAGUAUCAGAACAAAAUAAAAACUAUCUGCUCCUUGCCAAGUUUUAGGAUUAUUUAAAGCUGACCUCAAACACAUAUGACAGAUUUCUGCUUUUAGUUUGUUAAAUUUAAAACAAAAUUUGAGAGUAUAACCAAAAAUUGGUUUAGAAAAAUAUAUUUUGAGCAGCAACAACUUGAAGUUGUCAGUUUUUUGCAUGACAUAAUCAGACUAGUGCCAGAAUGUUGGCCAUCUUUUUCAAAAGUUUCAUUUUACUGCUUCUGAUAUUCUUUUGGUCCCGCCAGAGCAUUUUUAAUUUGCUGAGGCGCGGACUUUGAGCCAUUGAUUUUUUUUUUCUGACAUUCAUUCAAAGACUGCUUAUGUAUUCUAGAAUAUAAUUCAAUAUGCAAUAUAAUUAUCUAUGCAAGUCUUAAUCUUUAAUUCCAGUGAAAAAAAUGUAAACUUAAUUUUUUUUUGCCUAACUGUUUUGUUCAAUGACUGGCUUCUGCGGUUUACAUCAUGAACAGAUGAUCUACAAAAGACAGUAGGAAAAGUCUGAAAUGCCACAACAACAAAUGGGAACUUCCUAUCCACUGGUAACUACAUUUAAAGCAGUGUUCAGCAGAAUGAAUGUAAUGAAAACACUCAAGAAAAUGAAACAAAAUAGAAAACAGUGCUGUGACAUUGUGAUACAGCUCAGUGAGUCUUCUGGUUCAACCACUUGUGUUUGUUUUGUCCACCUAACAGCAUUACAUCAUGAGUCACUCUUUACUAAUCGACACCUGAGUCAUCCAACAGCACUGGAAACUCCUUUUUCUUUUCUCUUUAACUGUUUGUAAUCCACCAGCUCUUACUGUAUGUUUCUUGGAUGUAUGUUUCUUGUUGGUCAACAUUUUUGUAGCACCAUGUUAUGCAACUGUUUUGUUAAAAAAGGAAGACUAAG